CGAGCUUGUGUGUAUGUACGCGCGUGUGUGUUUUCCUCCCUCGCCCUGCCUGUUGGGUGGGAUGUCGGUGUCGUUUUGUGUUGGGGCUGUCUGUAAGCGCAAGGUGUAAACCUGCUGCUACUCUCUGGAGAUGCCCAGGAUACUCCGUCGUCUCUCCAGCCGUUAACCCACACAGUCACAAGCGGAGAAGGAAAAGGCAAGAUUCAACACCGGGAGACACAUUUGUCUCAAGACCCCGGAGGAUCGGUGAGGGCUUCCCGGGAUCAGAGACUUGUUUCACAUGGGGAUGGGGGUCAGCGUGUCUAAACUGGAAUCACUCCCCCGCCGCAUCCAUGCAACCACAUGCAACCUCUUAUUCUGGGAGAAUUACCGGUGCUUCUAAUCACACCUAUUCCGAAUAUGAAUUCAAGCAAGACGUGUUUGUGAGUUUGGGAGGCAUCGUGGUCAAAUACCAGAGGCUGCGUCUUACCACCAGGGGUGUACAGAAGGACGGGGUCCGAUCAACUUGUCGAUCGCGCUGUCCGUUCUCAGUUACACGGCGCUGAGUGUUCCACAUUAGUAACCUUGGAGAGCGAUAUCUGAAGCUGUACGAACUGCGAUGGGAUUGCAGCACUCCGGAGGGCUCAAGAUCUAACAUCACCAGCGAUUGUUCUGUACAUUAAAAAGUCUCUAUGAAAUGGAAAAUCGCGGGAUCGCCAGUAUUCUCUAUUACCUGAUGCUAAACGCGCCGCUUUUGCUCUGUGUAAACGCAAAAUUUCUUGAAGUCCCCCAGGAUGUGACUGCUAAAGAAGGGGACGACAUUGAGAUGUCUUGUGCGUUUCGAGCCAGCGGGACCACCUCGUAUUCUCUGGAGAUCCAGUGGUGGUAUCUAAAGGAAGCCGCCAGAGAGCUGGCACAUGGGCUAACGCUCGGCGCCCAGGGCAGCAACAGGGCCAAGGUAACAUUAAAUAAGGACGCCACCAAAAUAAGCACUGUCCGAGUAAUGGGAAAUGAUAUUUCGCAUAAGCUACGCCUCUCCAGUGUUAAGAAGGAGGACGAGGGGGUUUAUGAAUGCAGAGUCACCGACUUUAUUGACGACGAAACUCAGGAACAUAAAGCCCAGGCUACUUUACGGGUGAUGGCCCGCUACAGCCCAGAGAUGCAAGCGGCCGAAGCGGUCUCUCACAUUCAGAGCAACGGGCGCCGCAGGAGCAGCGUGCGCUCCACGCCAGUGCCCGGCACAGACAAGCGACGAGUAGCAGAAACUCCCAGUGACGGCGCGGCAGCCUCCUCGAUCACCCCCGCUUCGGUCACUCCACCCCCGGGCAAUGCAGCCAUGAUUGGACAGCACACCUCCGGUGGGAAGCCAACACAGACACUAACAUCAGGUUUUGAACCCCUUUCCCCCAUGGCCCCCUUCCUGUUUAUCCCUUUGCUGAUCUUACAAAAGCUCUGCACAUAUUAGUAAUCCUUUGACUGACUACAAAGUAACCUUUCUCAAGCAAACAAAGAAAAUGUGCAGUGAAGACAUAAAAGUCUAUGGUGAGUGAAGAAUUUAAAAAUUAGUGACAUCAAACUGCCUUUCAAAAUAUCAAAGGAAGCUUUUGAAGGCAAGGGAAGGAAAAAUAUUCAUUUGAGGACAACCUUCAAAAAUUUUCAGCAGUCUAAUGUUGCACAUCCUAAAUGUUCACAAUGUGGUAAAUUAAUUUUACAAUAACACAAUGUAAAGCCUUGCUGUAUGUAGCAUGGCAAUUAUAAGAUUAUUUUCUUUGUGACAAAUUCUGCCUGCUUGUUUACUACACAAAUUGUUCCAUAGCCACCUAUCAGUUAUUGAUAUUCUAAAGUGAGAAUGCAGGGUCAGUAAAUCUAAUGAAAUGUGAAUAUUUUUAAUUGAUCCAUUUGGUUAGUUCCUUUGAUUUAUUUAAUGGCAUUUGGAUUUGAUUUCCUUUGAAAUUUUAUGUAGAUAUAGCUCAUUCCACUAUAAACACAACUUAGCAUCAACAAUAUUUAUUUUUUAAUAAAUAUGGG